AAGCGUUUCGGCUAGCUUGCAGCCAGGAAUAACAACGGGCCGACUUUUUUUUGUGUGUGCAAGCAAAGGAAGAUUAGCAAAGAAAGGGGGUGGAAAUUGAUUGUUUGCGUUGGCAGGUUGCGGGCGGAUAGUGAAAGAUAAAUAGAAACGCAGCAAGCGCACGAAGGGCUGAAAAUUUACGCAUCAAGCGACAAACACCGGAGGGCCACGGUUGUACCCCGCGUAUCACAAACAUCCCUCGGGAGCGAGUAAUGACGUAAAUAAUGCGCCGAUAGAGUGUUUGGGACUGGGAAACGAUCAAUCGCGGUCAGCAUAAGUGCAUCCAAGUAGUGCAAAUUGCAAGAUGAAUCUGGCCGAAUGCAAUCCGUACGGCAAUGGUUUGCUGUACGCAGGGUUCAACCAGGAUCAGGGUUGUUUCGCCUGCGCCACCGACAGUGGCUUUCGCGUGUACAACAGUGAUCCGCUGAAGGAGAAGGAGCGUCAAAUUUUCACCGAUGGUGGGGUCGCCCACGUCGAGAUGCUGUUCCGCUGCAACUAUCUCGCCCUCGUCGGGGGUGGCUUGCGGCCACUCUAUCCGCCGAACAAAGUGCUCGUCUGGGACGAUCUGAAGAAGGCGCCCGCAAUCUCGCUCGACUUUAACGCCCCCGUGAAGGGGGUGCGGCUGCGGCGGGACCGAAUUGUGGUGGUGCUGGAAGGCAUCAUCAAGGUGUACGCCUUCACGCAAACGCCGACCCAGCUGCACGUGUUCGAAACGUCCAAAAACCCACAGGGCCUGUGUGUGCUCUGCCCAAACAGCACCAAAUCGCUGCUCGCCUUUCCGGGGCGUCGUACCGGGCACGUGCAGAUCGUCGAUCUGGCCAACACGGAGAAAGCGCCGCACGAGAUUAUUGCGCACGAGACGGCCAUCAGCUGCAUUGCGCUGAACCUGCAGGGCACCCGGUUGGCGACGGCCAGCGAUCGGGGCACGCUGAUACGCAUCUUCGACACCGGGAGCGGUGCGAAGGUGGCCGAGCUGCGACGCGGCUCGAAUCAGGCCAAAAUUUAUUGCAUCAACUUCAAUCAUCAGUCGACGUCGGUGGUGGUGUCGUCGGAUCACGGAACAAUCCACGUGUUUAAUCUGGAAGAGCCGAACAGGGGCCGGGAUGGCGGCUCGUCCGGUGGUGGUGGCGGUGGCUCGAGCUUGCUGACGCGCUACUUCACCAGCCAGUGGUCGUUCUGCAAAUUUUCCAUCCCCCAAGGACCACCUUGCAUAUGCGCGUUUGGAUCUGAGAACAAUUCGGUGAUUGUGAUAUGUGCGGACGGGCAUUACUACAAGUUUGUGUACAACAGCAAGGGCGAAUGCUCGCGGGAAGUUUGUACCCAGUUUCUCGAAAUGUCCGACGACCAGACGUAAAGCCGUGCGGCGAGCUGAAUCGACGGAUCGACUGGCUACCAGGGAGUUUGAAAAACAUUGGGUAGAUCGAGAGACUGUAGCUGGAGCGCUACGAACGUGGAAGGGAAGGCCACGACGGUUAUAUAUUUACGUACGGAUAUGAUUCUCUGGGGCAUUUGGGGGGGGCGACACAAAGGAACAGUCAACAGAAACUAACAAUCGGCUUGAAGCGUAGGGUAUUUGAGGACGAGCGCAGCGGUAGGGGAGAGCAUAUUGCCUACAGAACUAUUUAAUAGCGACGAACAAGAUGUACCACGCGGAGGAAAAGCUAUGCUAAGUUAAUUAAAAUACAUUUACACAUGUUUUCAUUCAUCCGA